GUGCCAAUGAACCCUAAUCCUAGAUAAAGAAUCCUCGAAUACCUCUGAUAGCCGCUAGUUGCAGCAACCCAAAUCUCGUUCUCCAAUAAAUGCGAUGGCAGUUUUGUAUCCUAAGUACUUUCUUUGUUCAAUGAGAUGUCUGUCAUGCAUCCCUCUAACAAUUUCACUGCAACCCUUAAGAUGUCUACAGUUCUCACCACUUUCCUCAUCAUCGUUUCCUUCCGCUCCCUCCCUCAAUGUCGUUUCAGAUUUUUUAACAAAAGAAAGUGGGUUUUCUUCUUCUCAAGCAACAACAGUAAUGAGGAGAAAACCAAGGCUGUUGAGACACAAAUCUGACCAGACUGCUAGAGAAGCAAUUCAUAUGCUGAAAGAUUAUGGAUUUACAGAAGACCAACUUAAGAGUGCCAUUCUUAGAAACCCAACGAUUCUUACGCUCAAAGUGGAUGCGCAGUUGAAGCCCAGGAUGGAAUUCCUGAAAAAUUUGUGCUUGGCUCCUGAAGACAUGCCAGUUAUUAUAUCUCGUUGUCCCAGACUUUUUGAUUCCAGCUUCGAAAAGUGUCUCGCUCCUAAUAUCCUCCAUCUUAGAAGCUUAUUUGGCUCAAAGGACGAUCUGUGCAAGGCUGUCAGAUGGGCACCUCAGUUUCUGACAAGUGAUUUCAAGAAGCAUGUGGUACCUAGAGUGGAGUACGUGAAGAAUAAUUUAGGCAUUCCAGAUGGCUCCGCAGCAUUUGUGCGAGUCCUCGGUGUGGUUCUACGCCUUAGUUUCGAAACUCUGGAAGAGAAGACUGAGAAUUUGGCGAGCCUUGGUCUCGCAGCGGAGGAGAUUCGUCUAAUUCUUCGGGGUAAUCCCAAGGGUCUUCAGAGUUCAACUAAGAAAAUAAAGGAAAACAUGGAUUUCUUUAUACACACUGCAGGUCUGAUGCCCGAGAUUGUUGCUUCACAUCCAAAGAUCCUGAAUUUCAGCGUUGAGAAAACGCUCAAACCCCGCUUUGAAUUUUUCAAAUAUCUGCAGACAAAUCCACACUGCAAGAGUCCACCUAGUCUGGUUGGUUUCUUUACAUUAAGUGAGAAAAGAUUACUUAAAUAUUAUGGCCAAUACCGUACUCAAGUCAAGUCUAACGAUUAUAAAAUUUCCUAAAGCAAGCAUUUUGGAGCGGUGAUGAAGUUUCAAACUAUAAAUUACGCAGGUUCUUAAAGGGCGUAGAACUCGUCUGGGCUAAGGUAAUGUUAUUAGUAUCUUUACCCUCCCGAAGAAAAAGUUAAAUGUAUCACUUCUCUCGAAUUACGGCUGAUUAGCGAAGUGCAAAAUAAGACUGUUGAAACAUCAUGUCUGUUAAGACUAAAUUGUCAUUUCGUUGCCCUGUUUUUUUUAAGUAUGUCUCCCUCAUUUUCUGAGUCUGUUGCUCGGUGUUUUAUCUAAGCGUGGCUUCUAUGUUUCAAGCUAAACAUUAGAUACCCAUUCCCUCACUAUAUAAUGCUCUUUAGAGACUCGAGAUUAUUUUCAAAAUCCAUGAUGUCACAAGUUUUUUUUUCGUAGUAUGCCAACAUAAUAUUAUGUAUGGUGUGUGUAGUUCAGGCUUUUAAUGUCAUUAUGAAAGGGAAGCAACCAUAUUGUACUUAAGGAUGUAUGUAAUCGAUUCAUUAGGUCAAAGAAUGAAAAUUCAUUUCCAUCAA